AUGUUCAGAUCUUCCAUAAGAUCAAUAAGCUCACUACGAGUCAAAACACCCCUUGCAUUCAAUGUAUAUAGACCUGGGACAUCACCAAAUGUCAUUAGAAGAACAUUUCAUCAAACGAUAAUUAAGUACGAGUCAAAAUUAACAUCAGAACAAAAAGAGAUUUUAAAUAGCGAAAGAGAUGCUGAUACCGUCGACGUGUGUAUUGUAGGAGGAGGACCAGCAGGUUUGAGUGCAGCCAUCAAAUUAAAACAACUUGAUCUCGAGAAUGACGGAGAAUUAAGAGUUAUUGUUUUAGAAAAAGCUGGUGAUUUCGGUAGUCAUAUAGUAAGUGGAGCUGUUAUUGAACCUAAAGCCGUUAACGAAUUGUUCCCUGAUGACAUCGAGGAUGGUAUUGCAUUGCCAGCUGAUUUUGUUACUAAAGUUACAAAAGAUUCCAUGAAAUAUUUAACCCAAGAUUCUGCAUAUCCAUUACCUGAACCUCCACAAUUAUUAAACAAAGAUCGUAAUUUCAUAGUAUCAUUGAGUCAAAUGACACAAUUUUUGAGUGAAAAGGCCGAGGAAUUAGGUGUUGAGUUAUACCCUGGUAUUUCUGUGAGUGAAUUAGUAUAUCAUGAAGAUGGUAGUGUUAAAGGUGUAGCUACAAAAGAUAUGGGAAUAAGUAAACUGGGAGAACCCAAAGAUUCAUUCGAAAGAGGAAUGGAAUUCCAUGCAAGACUCACAGUUUUAGGUGAAGGAUGUCAUGGAUCUUUAACUAAAGAAGCUAUGAAUAAAUUCAAAUUAAACCAAGAUUGCAAUAAACAAACUUAUGGUUUAGGUAUUAAAGAAAUUUGGGAAGUUCAACCAGAGAAGUUUCAAAAAGGUUUGGUCGCCCAUUCUAUGGGAUUCCCAUUAGUUGGAGAAUCUAGUAGUUAUGGAGGUGGAUUCAUGUACCAUUUUGAUGACAAUAAAGUUAGUAUCGGAUUAGUUGUUGGGUUAGAUUAUGAAAAUCCAUAUAUUUCACCAUACCAAGAAUUUCAAAAAAUGAAACUCCACCCAUUCUAUGCUGAAGUUUUAGAAGGGGGUAAAUGUUUAAGUUAUGGAGCUAGAGCUUUAAAUGAAGGAGGAUAUCAAUCAAUUCCUAAGUUACAUUUCCCUGGUGGAUUAUUAGUGGGAGCUUCAGCAGGAUUUAUGAAUGUUCCAAAGAUUAAAGGAUCUCAUACUGCUAUGAAAUCUGCCAUGGUUGCUGCUGAAACUAUUUACUCUGCUAUCAAAGAUUUAGAUCCUGUUGAUGAGGAAACUUUCCAAGAUUAUCAACCUUUGGAUUUAUCUGAAUAUCAAACCCAACUUGAAGAAUCAUGGGUAUUUGAGGAACUUUAUGAAAUCAGAAAUGUUAGACCUUCAUUCAAUACCAAGUUAGGUUUCUUAGGUGGUCUUAUGCAUUCAGGUUUAACCACUUUAGUUACCAGAGGAUAUGAACCGUGGACUUUACAACAUCAACAUACAGAUGCUGCUUCAACUCAACCAGCUGAUAAUUAUAAACCUAUAGAAUAUCCUAAACCUGACGGAAAAAUUACUUUCGAUUUACUUACAUCUGUUUCCCGUACCGGUACUUACCAUGAUGACGAUGAACAAUGUCAUCUCCGUAUUCCAAAACAAGAUUAUCGUAAACAUGCUGAGAUUUCCUACCCUAAGUUUAAAGGAGUCGAACAAAGAUUUUGUCCAGCAGGUGUUUAUGAAUACGUUGAAAAUAAGGACGAACCUUUAGGAGUUGAAUUCAAGAUCAAUUCACAAAAUUGUAUUCAUUGUAAAACAUGUGAUAUCAAAGUACCUACUCAAGAUAUUAAUUGGACAGUCCCUGAAGGUGGUGGUGGACCUAAAUAUUAUAUGACAUAG